AUGGUCUUCUUCAGACGGUGUCUUGCCCUGGCGGCCCUGUCCUUGUCUCACGCGGCUUUCGCACUGCACGAUCUUUCCACUCGGGCUCAAUCCCCGACUAAUCUCUGCGGAGACUAUGAUUACAUGAUCCUUGCAAAUUCGCCAUGGAUUGUCUACAAUAUGCUGUACAAUGCCGCUCAGAUGGUCGGCACACAAUGUACAACUUACGAGGGGGUCACCACAAGCGACAGCGGCACCAAGGAGGUUCUAUGGAGCAGCGUGACGAACAUCGACUAUGUCGAGAGCACGAACAAUGUCCCCAAGGGGUACUCGUUUGUCGGUCUGACGCAGAAUCUCGAGACCAAACUGUCCGCUGUCGACUCAAUCCCGGCAGUCUACAACUGGACGCGUACCAAUACCACUGAUUUUAAGGGUGCGAUAACCCACUACGCCACAGAGUCGUCUCCAAUGCUGAUCAUCCAAGCAGGAAACAUUUGCUUCGACUUUGUGACCAAUGAUAUCAAAGGUGACUCGACUUCGUCUUCCUCGCGCGAGCUCAUGCUGUGGCUGCAGUACGAGGGCGGCCAGCUCCCCAUCGGCUGGACCAAUGGACCUGCUGCCACCAUUGACCAUCUCUUCGGGACCUCGUGGACGCUGUACGAGGAUGUCAAUACCGACACCGGGAUAACGGUCAGCACCCUGAUGCCUACCAAGCAGUUUGAGGGCUCUUUCUCCGGCGAUCUGAAGGACUGGUUGCUCGCGAUGGCCGAUCUGGGCCGGUUUACCGAGUCGACAUAUGUCAAUGUCGGCAAUGCUGGGACGGAGUUCUUCUACGGAAAUGCCGUGAUGAACGCGACCCUCGGGUUGCAGAUUAACCUGGCGUGA